CACCCUUUUCUCUCCUCUUCCCUGCAUUUCCCCCCUUUCUUACCCUUCCUUUGUUUUUGCCUUUCUUUUUCUUUACCUUUUUAGUUCAUCUCCUCCAUACUUAACCCUCCAAUAGCUGGUUUCUCAGGUGAUCCUAAACUUAAAAACCCGCCAUUCUAAGCAAACCUCAAAAAACACCAAUAUUGAUGCAUCUUCUCCAGAUAUGCCAGCAACUUGUUUUUUUUUUUUGUCUUUUUUCAAAGAAAUUUAUCCGUUAUUCUAGUACAAAAAUGGGGUUUCGAUACAGUACAUAUUGGCAUAAGCUUUAGUUGAGCGUUACAAAGUUGGAGUAUCGUAGGUAUUCUCAAAAUUCGUGCUUUCAACACUGUGUGAACUCAGUUGCUUUAGUCGAGUCAUAUCUGCACGUAGUAAAAUCCAAAGAUUUGUUUUUGGUUACACAGAAACCUCCACGGUCCUUUCAUUUCUGUUGCAACUUGUAACAAUCCCAUUGGCUUUACUCGCUUAUAAAUUGAUGGGCACUUCACAAGCAAAGCAAGAGAAUUCCAUUUGCUAAAUGUUCUUUUCAGUCAUCUCCUUUGUCUAAAGAACAGAAAAGAAAGAAACCGAUAGCUUUGGUGGUUGGCUAUAUUUGUAGCCAUGUUCAACUCGGACUUAUAUGAAAAUCUCAACAUGUUCGAUAUGUUCCAAAGGCCGUCUGAUAGUGACCAGACGGAAAGGAACGGGGACGAUGAUAAUAACGAUACAAAAUCAGGUACUGAAGUAGAUGCACCAUCUGCUGAUGAUGAUAAUCAAGGUCCUGCUUCUAGUGGACCUAGCCGUCGUCGUGCAAAAAGGAAGCGUUACCACCGUCAUACUCAGCGACAAAUCCAAGAAAUGGAAGCAUUGUUCAAAGAGUGUCCUCAUCCAGAUGAUAAGCAAAGGAAACAACUCAGUCGUGAGUUAGGGUUAGACCCACUGCAAGUCAAGUUUUGGUUCCAAAACAAGCGUACCCAACUCAAGGCCCAAACUGAACGCCAUGAAAAUGGUUUGUUAAAGGCUGAGAAUGAAAAGCUUCGUGCUGAGAACCAUAGGUACAAGGAAGCUCUUAACAAUACUUCAUGCCCCACCUGUGGUGGACCUGCUGCUCUCGGAGAGAUGUCAUUUGAAGAACAACAUUUGAGACUCGAAAAUGCUCGGUUAAGAGAAGAGAUUGAAAGGAUAUCUGGAGUGACAGCAAAAUAUGUUGGCAAGCCUAUAGGCCCUUCGUUUUCUCGCUUUGCUGAUAGAGCGCCUAUCAGUUUUGGAACCCAACCAGAGUUUCUAGGAGAGUAUGGUGGUCCUGGUGGUGGUGGUGGUCUUGGUGAGGUUUUAAGGCCAGUCUCUGUGACUAAUGAAGCUGAUAAGCCUUUGAUUGUUGAGCUCGCAGUUACAGCAAUGGAGGAACUAAUUAGAAUGGCUCAAUCUGGUGAACCAUUGUGGGUUACUGAUGAGAAUUCAAUUGAUGUGUUGAAUGAAAAUGAAUACUUGAGAAUUUUCCCUAGGGGUAUUGGAUCAAAACCAUUUGCGAAUUUGGGGUUCAGAUCUGAAGCUUCAAGGGAAGCUGCUCUUAUUAUUAUGAACCCUGUUAACCUAGUUGAGAUUCUCAUGGAUGUGAAUCAAUGGUCUAGGGUGUUUUGUGGUAUUGUUUCAAGGGCUAUGACUUUAGAUGUUCUAUCAACUGGUAUUGCAGGAAACUACAAUGGAGCCUUGCAAGUGAUGACAGCUGAGUUUCAACUCCCUUCACCACUCGUACCUACUCGGGAGAACUAUUUCGCUAGGUACUGUAAGCGACACCAUGACGGAAUUUGGGCGGUGGUCGAUGUUUCAUUGGAUAAUUUACGCCAUGCUCCAUUCACCAGAUGUAGAAGACGACCCUCGGGUUGUUUGAUCCAAGAAUUACCAAAUGGAUACUCGAAGGUUAUAUGGGUGGAAAAUGUUGAAGUGGAUGAUAGAGGUGUCAGUGACAUAUACAAAACAUUAGUGAAUACUAGUUUAGCUUUUGGGGCUAAACGAUGGGUGGCUACAUUAGAUCGACAAUGUGAACGUCUUGCAAGUGCAAUGGCUAAUAGCAUUCCAGCUGGGGAUCUAGGCGUUUUAAAUAGCUCUGAUGGAAGGAAAAGUAUCCUGAAAUUGGCUGAAAGGAUGGUGAAUAGCUUUUGUACCGGAGUCGGAGCUUCGACCGCUCAUGCUUGGACGACUUUAACGGGAUCCGAUGAAAUUAGGGUCAUGACCAGGAAGAGUAUUGACGAUCCGGGCAGACCUCCUGGUAUUGUUCUAAGUGCUGCAACUUCCUUCUGGGUCGCUGUUCCGCCAAGGAAAGCAUUCAAUAUCCUUAGGUCCGAGAAAUUUCGAAGCGAGUGGGAUAUCCUUUCAAAUGGUGGUGUUGUUGAUGAAAUGGCUCAUAUAGCUAAUGGACGUGAUCCAGGCAACUGUGUCUCCUUACUUAGGGUUAAUAGUGCAAACGCAAGCCAAAGCAACAUGUUAAUCCUACAAGAGAGCAGCAAUGAUGCUACAGGGUCCUACGUGAUUUAUGCCCCGGUCGAUUUCGCCGCUAUGAACAUAGUCUUAACCGGCGGAGACCCUGAUUACGUCGCGCUUUUACCUUCUGGUUUCGCGAUACUUCCCGACUGUGAAGGACCUAACAGAGGAAUAAAGAUCACGGAAAUCGGCUCCGGCGGGUCACUCGUUACCCUUGCGUUCCAAAUCUUAGUUGAUUCGGCUCCGAAUUCGAAAAUCUCUGUGGGAUCAGUGGCUACUGUGAAUAGCCUAAUCAAAUGCACUCUUGAAAGGAUCAGAACUGCGGUCAUGUGUAAUGACGCUUGACCGAGCAAACAAAAAAUGGUGACUAGCUCAACAGUAAUAAUGAAAGUCAAGAACGCACCUUCCAUGUUCCUUGCAAGGAGAAUUAGUUUGGUUCGGGUAUUGACUUUCUCGGGGGAAAAAGACAAUGAGAGCUUUCAUCGUUUCUUUUCUUUUAUGUUUUUGUGUUUUGAAGUAUUAUUGGGACUCACAGUCCACAGUAGCCAUCGGCAAACAUUUGGUUUCUGGUUUUAUGUUUUUGGUAUCUUUGAAAAUUAAUGAAUAGCUUUUUUGCUUA